AAGGCAGGUAUAAAGCACCAUAGCUCGCUCGUUUCCCAGCAGCGCGAAGUUGUCCUCUUCACACAGCUUCUCUUGGCCUCACUGCAAUACCUGGAAGUAGUAUCAAGCCCUCGAUUCUUGAAUUGGGUUUAUUUUUUCAGCAGCAUCAUCAUCAUAACGUCUUUAAAACCAGCCACCGAGAAUGAAAUCUUCCUUUCUCGCGCUCUUCAGCCUCGUCCCACUCCUCGCCUCCGCUAUUCUCCCCUCCAACGCCGUUCCCCUCCUCCCCUCGCAAGAAAGUGCACUAAUUUCCCUGAAAACCGCGUGGCGCAGCUGUCCGGUGACCAAGACAUGGGUGGCGGGCGCCGACUGCUCAAAAUGGUCCGGCAUCAGUUGCGACGAUCGCGGUGCGGUUUUCCAGCUGUACAUCUACGGCGAGAACUCCUGCACCGGCGCGUUGACGGAAUCCGUCGGGAACCUGACGGAGCUGACGUCGAUUACUAUAUCCGACAACUGGCGCAUCUACGGCAGCUUGCCCAAGAGCCUCUCGAAUCUGCAGAAGCUCGAAUCUCUAGAGAUCCGCACGGAUUUCAAUGGAGGCCGAAAUAGCGGCCUUUCCGGGGCCCUGCCAAAUUCCAUCGGGAAUUUCGCCCGCAGCCUGACGAGCCUUAUGCUCCUCGGAACGCGGCUCACGGGGAGCAUUCCGCGUGGGCUUUCGCGGCUGAGUCGCCUCGUGUACUUAAACCUAGACGGAAACCGUCUCACGGGAGAAAUCCCUCGGGAAUUGUCCGGCUUGAGGAAUCUCGUCUCGCUCGAGAUGGGCGGGAAUAGAUUAACGGGAUCGAUUCCACCGACCCUCGCGGAAAUAAAGCGCCUCACGACACUGAAUCUUGGGAAUAAUAGGCUUUCGGGUGCGCUCCCUACAAAAGAAAUACUCGAUAUAAAGAGCCUCGGAGGACCUGGAUCUGCGUAAUAAUCGGUUCACUGCUUCGUCUAUCGCCGCCCUUGCGACCCAUCCGUCUCUGACAGACAUCGACCUUAGUUGGAAUAUUAUUUCGGGCAGUGUUCCUGAGCAGUUCGGGCAGAUGAAGAAGCUAGCGGGUUUGAAAUUGGCUGGAAACAGGCUGAGCGGAAAAGUCCCAGUGGCUCUACUGCGAAACAUGCCGAAUCUCCAUUACUUAGACCUUUCGUUCAACAGGCUAAGAGGCGAGUUUCCCUAGGCGUAUAUGAAAACCGCCCAGGCAAUCGAGCACCUGAGUCUCCAGCGCAACGCGUUCGUCGGAGAGAUUCCUGCAGAUGCGUUUCGAAAGAGCGGCGUGGCAAAUUUCAACAUUUCCUUCAAUCUCUUCUUCGGGCCCAUGCCGAAUCUAGGGUUCAUGGGAGGAGAGGAGGAGCCGCGAGUAGACGUCCGCGGAAAUUAUUUCUGGGGCAGCCCAGAGUUCGUCAUGGACAAUCGAAAAGUGUGUCCUCAGGAGGGGCAGAAGUACCCCGACUCGGACGACGAGUAUUUUGCUGCGCUGAACUGCCUCGGUAAGAGCAGCACCUGUAACAUGAAACAGCAACGGAGUGGAGCAGCAUGUAGAAGAUUUUGUGGGACGAGUAGAACAAACGGCCCGUGCUCGGGACACGGCGUGUGCGUUCCGGCGGGUGGGAACCGGUUCAACAUCUCAAAAAUGGGGGGCCCCUUGUUUACGAGGGGUGAGCUGAAGGAGUCUCGGAGGGCUCGGGGCUGGUUGUGGUUUGUUCCCGUACACGCCCAUUUGGUGCAAGGUGGCCGUGUACGAGAGUAUCUCAACUGUAAAUGUGGCAGAUUUGCUGCAGAAACGCCCAAUCGCGGUUCGAGAUGUUAUUCCGCGGCGCCAAACUUUAUCAUCUACGGUUGUCAGCACAACAUUUUUUAUCAACG